AGCGCGCCAGCCCCCGCGUGGACAGUGUCUGCUGUGUCACGUAAGAAGGUUUACCAUAAACAUUAUCCUAAGGUAUAUUUCGGGGAACACACAUAGGAGAGGAAAACCCCUAUAGUUAAGGUGUACAUUAGAGUCUUCGUAGCACGCUAGAGACACACUGUUAUCGGGAAACGCAGCCCAGGUGUCUGCUGCUGCGGCUGCACUAACGCUUCUAGUCGGUAGAGGCGUUUGAGCUCGUCUCACAGUCUUUGGGCUCCCAGCACUCUUUCAAGCCGGUCAGUGUUUUCUCCCGCGCUUGUCUUUCGGACAAUGGCUUCUAGAAAGGCAUCCCGAAAACUGUUUGCGGAGAAGUCGGUUUUGGAAGAGCUUGAUAAAGAUAUUAAAAACGAAUCUUCCAACGACGACGAGCCUGUGUCUGCUGAGGCCGAUGAGGAUAAGGAAGGGGACCCUGAUUUUGAGCCUCUGUCCUCAAGCGAUGAUGAAUUGUCAAGCAAUGAGCCAAGUCCCAAAAAAAGUUGUAUCUUCCCGUCCCCCAUCAUCAAACCACACACCCCCAGAACCCCUGCAUCCUCUGCACGUUCCUUGGGUCCAAGGUCAACUCCCAGUGGAAGAUCUCGUUCUCCACGGGGAAGAAAAAGGUCUGCAGGCCGCAUGUCAGUGGACAGUGAUUUGGGCAUUUGGAAUGACAUCAGCAUGGAGGAUGAGGCUCCAGAUAUACCCAGUUUUGUUCCAAAGAGAAAUCCAGGAGCUCAGAUCGUCAUGGACAGAAUGUAUUCCCCUUUGCAACUGUUUCAGCUUUUCUUCUCAACCUCUGUGGUGAAAACCAUUGUGAAGAACACAAAUAGUUAUGCAAAAAUGAGGACUGAAGCUGGGAAGAAAUUCUCCUGGGUCCCUUUGACGGCGAAGGAACUAUAUUCGUAUUUUGCCAUUGUUAUUUACAUGGGACUCCUCAGCACAAAAACCAUUUCAGAUUACUGGUCAGGCAAAAAAAUUUACAGUAUACCUUUUCCAAAGUCACUGAUGUCCAGGUCUAGAUUUCAGGCCAUCUCUUGGAACUUGCAUCUAUGCAAUCUUGAGGAGGAUCGAGCGAAUGCGCAGAAAAAGGGAACUCCAGACCAUGACCGACUUUUCAAAAUCAAGCCCCUGUACACUGACAUCAUCACAGCAUGCAAAACGUACUUCCAUCCAAACCGUGAGCUGGCAAUUGAUGAAAGGAUGGUGGCGUCUAAGGCAAGAAUCAGCUUCAAACAGUACAUGAAGGACAAGCCAACCAAGUGGGGUUAUAAACUCUUUGUUCUUGCUGAUUCUGUAUGUGGCUACACGUGGAACUUCUUUGUUUAUGAAGGUAAGUCGUCUUUGACCACAGGUAAAGGACUGAGUUAUGAUUCUGUGAUGCGCCUCUUGGAUCUGUCUCUUCUUGGCAAAGGCUACCAUGUGUACAUGGACAACUUCUAUACAAGCCCAGGCCUUUUGUUGGACUUGCUUGAUAAAAAGACACUUGCGUGUGGCACAAUACGCUCCCACGUACAGGGCUUUCCUAGAACAAGGGGUAAUGAACUCAGCGAAAGGGCGCAAAGAGGAACCAUGCGCUGGCUCAGGGAAGGUAAGCUCCUCUUUGUGAGGUGGAUGGACAUAAGAGCCGUUUCAAUGUGUUCAACAAUUCACAAGGCCUAUGAUGGCACUACCGUUUCUAGGCGUAUCAGGAAUCCCAAGAGUGGAUGGGAAACACGCGAAAUUCCAAUUCCGUUGGCAGCGAAGGACUACAAUAAAUACAUGGGAGGUGUGGACCUUUCAGAUGCUCUGAUUGGAUACUACAAUGUCUUACACAAGACCAGAAAAUGGUACAAGACCUUUUUUUUCCAUUUUAUCGAUAUCGCAGUGGUGAACAGUUUCAUUCUCCACCAGCAUCUAUUGAAAUCUCAGAACAAGACCCCUCUCAACCAGAAGCAGUUUCGAGAGGAACUCGUUGGAGAGUUGGCAGGGAUUGACAUACAAGAAGACGAAGAGCCUUCCGCACAAGGGACCUCCAAGUCUGCUGUCGAGGAACAGCAAUGCUGGCCAGAAUAUUUUGGAUCAGAUGCCACAUGCGGGAGGAGAGUCUGUAUCAUGUGCAAAAUUUCAGGUCACAAAGUAAAGACACCUGUGUACUGUUCAAAGUGCAAUGUAGCUUUGUGCUUUGUGUCUUCAAGGAACUGCUUCAAAAAAUGGCACACUGAGAAACCCCCUGAAGAUGACUAAAAGCUCUGCACCCACUAAAGUGCUUAAAGUACAUUUUUAAAUGAUAUAGUAACCUCUUUCAUUGUAGAUUACUAGCUGUUGAUAGAUUACUAGCUGUUGACAUUUAUACAUCCCGGAUUUGUAUAAUGUGCUUUACACUAGAUAUUGUUCCUAUAUCCAUUUCAUUAGUUUUUUUUUUUUUG